AUGCCUCCCAAAGAUGCUGUGGAAAGACGCUCGCUAAGAGCAAUUGCAGAAGAUGUCGUGACCAAAAGAUUAGAUGCACGGGCUCACAUCCCUGCGACCAGUGUAGCAAGCGGAAUUCAGCUUGUCAUUUCGAGAGCCUGUCAGAAACGGUUCUGGUCACACGAAGACAGAUAUAUUAAUAGCCUCCACGACCGACUAGCUACCUUACAGCACAGAGUGAACCAACCAGCUGCUUUGCAAUCGACCCCUAAACAGCCUUCCAUCCUCCCAUGUGAUAACGCGACAUCCUUGCUAUCGUCAGCCGAGAGUGAGGACCAAGGCCUGCACUUUAGACAUGUCACUACAACGACAUCCAGAAGCCAAGGUGGAGUGGAAGUCAAGGCGCCUCUGACAAAUCCACUCGCAUUUCACAUCACAGACUGGGUUCCAGGCCCUAUGGGAACACCGGUUUUCAUGGGCACGUCAUCUAGUUGGGCCUUCGCUCGACGAGUGCUGGGAAUGACCCACGAGAAACUGACUGGGUCGUCGCUGUUUCCCGAUCCAGCGAAUCUGCUCUUUGAUGAUCAUGUUUACGAUCUCAAGUGGGAUGGAAACAAAGCAAACUAUCCACAGGACCUUUUUGACGUCUCGAACCUUCCAACACCGGAAUUCGCCAAGUAUCUUAUCAGUUCGGUCAAGUUCCACUGUGGACAGCUGUUCUAUCUAUUUGACGAGGACCGUUUCAUGGAGAAGUUUGCAGUGUUCCAGCAAAAUCCAGUGAAAGAAGCUCGAUCUUCGCCUUUGUGGUUUUGCCACUAUCUUCUGAUUCUUGCAUUUGGAAAAAUAUUUGUGGUUCAAUCAACCCGAUCGCGGGUCCCAGUCGGCGCAGAACACUUUGUCCAAGCCAUGCAAUGCAUGCCGGACUUUAACUUCUUUGACGGCGAUCCGAUUGAGAUGAUACAGGUCAUGUGCUGUGCUGCAUUGUAUCUCCAGUCCGUCCACAGCCGUGGCCCGGCCCAUCGCAUGAUUGGUAAUGCGCUCCGCCACGCACUGGGAUAUGGCAUGUAUACUGAAAUGCAUGGGAUCUGUCUUAAUCAAGACUACGUGCAGCGAAGCAGCCUUGUGUGGUGGACUUGCUACGUCCUUGAACGCCGCAUGUCGUCUCUUUUAGGAGUGCCCAUGGGGAUUUCAGAAGAGAGCAUCAGUGCUUCAUUUCCUUCGAUAUCCACGCAUAUCCAAGGCGCAAAUGUCCUAGAGAUGCAAGUUAUGUUAUGCCAAAUACUGGCAAAAGUGGACCUGACUGUAUAUGGCAGUGAAGGAAAAGUCGAUAGUCGCUAUCUCAGCGCUACUCAGUCUGUUCUCCGAGACAUUGCCCAUGUCACUGAACAAUUGAAUAGCUCUUUCAACCUAUAUACCAAGGGUUCCAUGAGCGGUACGUCGCGAAUAUCGGCACAUUUGUACAUUUUUCAGCAUCAGUGUAUCAUUCUCACGACAAGGCCCCUUUUGUACAUUUUCCUCCAAUCCAAACUGGGCCUGUCUGACCCUGCGUUGAUGGACUGGCUUCAAGCGGGGACUGUGAAGGCUCUCCUUCACAUCUGUGUGGAGUCCUCUCAACAGAUCCUAAGAAUCCUAUCAAAUUUACUAGAACAAGGGAUUUUGGAAACCUUUCUCCCUUUCGACAUGGACGCGGCAUCUACAGCCACGAUCUCGCUUUUGCUGGCGGCUGCAAUUGAUCCAUCCCUACUACGAGAUCACUCACCUUGGUCACAACGUGCGUACGCUAUUUUCGAUGAUAUGACCGCUCGCGGCAACCUUUCGGCCAGACUUAUCAGGUCGGAGUUGAAGCAAUUAGACAGUGAACUUUCUCAGCUGGCGAUGAAAGGGAAUAUGGCAACGGUCCUACCAACACACGCUCCUCGUGAAUCGAGAGAGGGGGAUAAUCCUGUAGCCAUGGUUCCUCCGGUCGAGUCGGGUGAGCAUAGCCACUCACUGGGGUCGAAGUCUGCGGAAGGAUUUGAGGAACAUUACGAACUCAGACCAGAUCAGUUGAUGGACCUGGCCAAUUCCUUAGACCUGAAUAGUCUUACUUGGCCGUUUCCUUCGGUUGAUGAUCUGUCAGACCUGGAUAUAUGA